CAAACGGGACGCGGCCGCAGUCGAGGCUCCCUGUAGCUCUCCCUCACCUCCUGUGUUUCUCGUUUUCUCAUUUAUACCCUACCCCCGUUAUUCGUGCUUUUCUUAUAAUAUACACAUUUCCCGGGAUAUUUCUUAAAACACCGUGAACGAAAAGGCAGAAAACGAUGAGUGUCGAGGCGUACGGGCCGAGCUCCCAGACUCUAACGUUCCUGGACACCGAGGAAGCCGAGCUGCUGGGAGCGGACACCCAGGGCUCCGAGUACGACUUCACCGACUUCACCCUGCCGAGCCAGACUCAGACCCAGGGCCAAACCCAGAGUCAGCUGGACAGCCAGGUUAAUGGUCCUGACGGGGUGCUGCAGAAUGGAGACGACCCUGCAGUUAAAGCCAGUCAGUUGUUGGCGGAGUUGAACUUUGAGGAGGAUGAGGAGGACACCUACUAUACCAAGGAUCUUCCUGUGCAUGCCUGCAGUUACUGUGGGAUUCAUGAUCCAGCCUGUGUGGUGUACUGCAAUACCAGCAAGAAGUGGUUUUGCAACGGCCGUGGAAACACAUCCGGCAGCCACAUUGUGAACCACCUGGUGAGAGCAAAGUCCAAGGAGGUGACCCUGCAUAAAGACGGCCCUCUGGGGGAAACUGUGCUGGAGUGCUACAACUGCGGCUGCCGCAAUGUCUUCCUGCUGGGCUUCAUCCCCGCAAAAGCUGACUCAGUAGUGGUGUUACUGUGCAGGCAGCCAUGUGCCAGCCAGAGCAGCCUGAAAGACAUCAACUGGGACAGCUCGCAGUGGCAGCCUCUCAUUCAGGACCGCUGCUUCCUGUCCUGGCUGGUCAAAAUCCCGUCAGAGCAGGAGCAGCUCAGGGCCCGCCAGAUCACCGCCCAGCAGAUCAACAAGCUAGAGGAACUCUGGAAGGAAAAUCCCACCGCAACCUUGGAGGAUCUAGAGAAGCCUGGUGUGGAUGAGGAGCCCCAACAUGUUCUGCUCCGCUAUGAGGAUGCCUACCAAUACCAGAACAUAUUUGGUCCUCUUGUGAAGCUGGAGGCUGACUAUGACAAGAAACUCAAAGAAUCCCAGACUCAAGACAACAUUACAGUCAGAUGGGACUUGGGUCUGAACAAAAAGAGGAUUGCUUAUUUCACCCUGCCCAAAACAGAUUCAGAUAUGCGACUGAUGCAGGGAGAUGAAAUUUGCCUGAGGUACAAAGGAGACCUGGCUCCUCCAUGGAAAGGCAUUGGACAUGUCAUCAAAGUUCCCGAUAACUAUGGUGAUGAGAUUGCCAUAGAGCUGAGGAGCAGCGCUGGGGCUCCAGUGGAGAUCCCACACAACUUUCAGGUCGACUUUGUUUGGAAGUCCACUUCCUUUGACAGGAUGCAAAGCGCCCUGAAGACAUUUGCUGUGGACGAGACGUCAGUGUCUGGUUACAUCUACCAUAAACUGCUGGGACAUGAGGUGGAGGAUGUGGUCAUCAAGUGCCAGCUGCCUAAACGCUUCACUGCCCAAGGAUUACCUGACCUCAACCACUCCCAGGUGUAUGCUGUAAAGACGGUGCUGCAGCGUCCCCUCAGCCUGAUCCAGGGUCCUCCUGGCACAGGGAAGACUGUAACUUCUGCCACCAUCGUGUACCACCUGGCUAGACAGGGCAACGGGCCGGUGCUUGUGUGUGCUCCCAGUAACAUUGCCGUUGACCAGCUGACAGAGAAGAUCCACCAGACUGGACUUAAAGUAGUGAGGUUGUGUGCCAAGAGCAGGGAGGCCAUCGACUCACCUGUGUCCUUCUUGGCUCUGCACAACCAGACCCGUAACAUGGACAGUAUGCCAGAACUUCAGAAGCUCCAACAGCUUAAGGAUGAGACAGGAGAGUUGUCCUCCUCAGAUGAGAAACGCUACAGGGCUCUGAGACGCACUGCUGAGAGGGAGCUGCUAAUGAAUGCUGAUGUGAUCUGCUGCACUUGUGUCGGGGCGGGGGAUCCUCGUCUGGCUAAAAUGCAGUUUAGAUCAAUCCUGAUUGAUGAGAGCACCCAGGCCACCGAACCUGAGUGCAUGGUGCCUGUCGUCCUGGGUGCCAAGCAGCUGAUCCUGGUGGGUGAUCACUGCCAGCUGGGCCCUGUUGUGAUGUGUAAGAAGGCAGCUAAAGCAGGUCUCUCCCAGUCUCUGUUUGAGCGCCUGGUAGUUUUAGGGAUACGGCCAAUUCGUCUGCAGGUCCAGUACCGUAUGCACCCGGCACUCAGCGCCUUCCCCUCCAACAUCUUCUAUGAGGGCUCCCUGCAGAACGGAGUCACUGCCGGAGACCGUGUGAAGAAAGGCUUUGACUUCCAGUGGCCGCAGCCUGACAAGCCGAUGUUCUUCUAUGUCACCCAAGGCCAAGAGGAAAUUGCCAGCUCUGGAACAUCAUAUCUCAACAGAACUGAGGCAGCCAAUGUGGAGAAAAUAACCACCAGGUUGUUGAAGGCUGGCGCAAAACCUGAUCAGAUCGGCAUCAUCACCCCUUAUGAGGGACAGAGGUCUUACCUGGUCCAGUACAUGCAGUUCAGCGGCUCCCUCCAUACCAAACUGUACCAGGAGGUGGAGAUCGCCAGUGUGGAUGCUUUCCAAGGCAGAGAGAAAGACUUCAUCAUCCUGUCCUGUGUGAGGGCCAAUGAGCACCAGGGCAUCGGCUUCCUCAAUGAUCCACGUCGCCUCAACGUGGCGCUCACUAGGGCCAGGUAUGGUGUGAUCAUUGUGGGAAACCCCAAAGCUCUGUCCAAGCAGCCCCUGUGGAACCACCUGUUGAACUACUACAAGGAGCAGAAGGUCUUGGUCGAGGGUCCCCUUAACAACCUGAGAGAGAGCCUCAUGCAGUUCAGCAAGCCUCGCAAGCUGGUCAACACCAUAAACCCUGGGGGUCGAUUUAUGAGCACAGCCAUGUAUGAUGCCAGGGAGGCCCUCAUUCCUGGAUCUGUUUACGAUCGCAGCAGCAACGGGCGCACAUCCAACAUGUAUUUCCAGACCCAUGACCAGAUUGGUAUGAUUGGCACAGGCCCUAAUCCCAUGACUUCCAUGAACCUCCCUAUCCCCUUCAACCUAGUGAUGCCCCCCAUACCUCCACCUGGGUACAUGGGACAAGUCAACGGACCCACAACAGGUCGUGGUGGUGGUAUGAAAGGCAAGGCAGGCAGUGGAGGAGGUGGCGGCAACAGAGGUGGCCGUCAAAGAAACCGCGGCAACAUGGGGAACCACAGCGGAGGGAACGGAGGGCAGCAUGGAGGCCAUAUGAGCGGCAGUCAGGCCAGCCAGGACCUGGGCUCCCAGCCUUUCUCCCAGGGGCCUCUGACGCAGGGCUACAUCAACAUGAGCCAGCCGUCACAGAUGAGCCAGCCUGGGCUCUCCCAGCCUGAACUCUCACAGGACAGUUACCUAGGAGACGAGUUUAAGUCCCAGAUUGAUGUGGCUUUGUCCCAGGACUCCACCUACCAGGGGGAGCGGGCCUACCAACACGGUGGUGUGACUGGACUGUCCCAGUACUAGACUGUUGCUGGAAAGGAGCUAGGCCUGUGUUAAGCUUAGUUCAUUGGUAUUUUAAUCUGGGUAAUAACAAAAAAGAACAAACAUGGAUACCCGUUUUCCACUGCUACAACCGAAGCACCACUGUGUGAAAGUAACAGGAGAGAGACCGUGAGAAACCAACCUAUCACAAGAGUGAGAGCAAAAAUGGGAGUAGAGCUGGACAGGAAGAGAGCAAGAGAGAAAGAGUGGGAGGCUGGUGGAGGAGCGAAGGCACUGCUGCUCACACGCGAAGACAUGGCGAAGGAGAAAGCUGUCGUCGACGGAGCAGCGCAGUUGGAGAGGCGAGACCUUCGACAGGUCAAGGAGGGUGGAAAGUUCAAACGAUUCUGAAGAGGGGAAGGGGGAGCGACUGUGUCAUCUGGUCCCUCGUAUGCCCCUGAACCCUCGGGGAUCUCCGAGCAGUAUGGUUGGAAAUCUUGCUCCAAAAGCUGAGAAAGAUGGAGAAGAGGUGUCUCACACAAAUGUCCUCCAAGCUAACUCAACAGGAUGUCUUCUGUGACUUGGAGAGCGAGAGAGAGAAAAUAAACAGGGGACACAACUCUCGAAGCAGUUGAUAUGGCAACUUUUUAAAACUCAAAGCUUGAAUCGAGGCUCUGCAUUUGGUCACAUCUAAGCAUCUGGGAGAGGAGUGUGAACACACUGGCUAUUCGAGUGAACUCAAAAGUGCUGUGGUGUUGUGCCUCAAAGAGAUCAAAUGAAAUUUGAGGAUCACAUAGCCACAGAUCAUUCACUUUUUUCUCAGCGUUGAGUUGGAAAGUUUUUUUUUUUUUUUUUUUUUAAAGGCUGUUUUCAUUGAGGUUUUCAGUGAUGUAAGCUAGUGUAGUGGGCUGUCUUUCUCAAGGUGGUCUGCAAAGAACAAGUGGUGGAAUUAGUUCUUGAAAAUAUAUACGUUACAAAAAAUAAACAAAGAAAAACAUUUUUGUCUCCAGACCUGAGGAAUUUGUGCUCCAAAGAUCUGCAGCUAGUGAGACAAUUUUGUUUUUGCUCUUCUAAAUGUAUCUUUGUAGUUGUACAAAAGAGUGAAUGAUAAGCAUCAUAACCCACUUAUAACAGAAUGAAGCUGUCUUUUUUUGCCUCAUACCUGAUUCACUGCUGACCCUGAAGCCUGUAGACCUAGCAGAGACGGAUCAUCAUGAGCAUAAAGUGCUCAAUGCAUCAAAUAAGCCAAAUCAAGAGGGCAGUACUCCCCAAAAAGUCCCAAGUCAAUAAGCAUGCAAAAAGUGACAUCAUUUCUAUAUGAUGAGUUUUUUUCUGUCAGCUAAGUGUGAAGCACCUGAUAAAAGCACCCACCACAGAGGAUAAUGAAAACUUUAAAGACUGAAGUGCUUUAGUACAAUUUUCCCCCCAUCUUAGAAUCAAACUUCGUCGUAGAUUUCACCGUGUUGGACUUUGGUGAAAGAUGCAUUUUGGAACGUCCACUGAUUACCAGUUCAGGUUAUUUGAUGUAUGUGUCCUAUAUUUGGCACAAAGAUAUCAAAUUAUAUUUAGACACGAUGAUGAACUGCACACUUGAGUCCAGAAAAUGCCCUUUUACCUUUUACCUUCCUUUAGUUUUAGUUCUUUGUUGGCAUACACUUGAAUUUUAGAAAAGAGUAAAACUGUUGCGUAGUAGUGUGUCAUGUCAAAGAGAACGGUUAGUUUAAUAACUUUGGUAAACAUUGUGUUUAUGUACUGUGUGCAUGUGUUGUAAGUUCUCAUUUCACAUGCUUUGGACGGACACGUGAAGUUUCCAUGCUGCUUGUUUUCAUCGGUAUCAGAUCAGUAACCCAAAGCAUUUCCUAUGAUCCAAACGUUUGUUUUUAUGUCAUUAAAAUGCAUAACUCUGAAAUAUCUAGACAUCAUCUAAACAGUAGUUUUUGGGAAUGUAGCCACCUUUACUCUGACCCUAAAAUGCUUAUUUUAUCCAUCAGUUUCAAAGAGCAGCCGUGCUAAAAGUGCUCAGACUACCAAAGUCAGAAAGAAGCCACAAAGUUUAUGUAAACAUGUUAUUUAUAAAUGAUUUCCAUGUUCAUAUUCCCAGAGUAAUGAAUUACUAGACAAUAUCCAUCAUUUUACAGCCAACUUUAACUGUAAUAACUGUGCUGUAGUCAUCUAGCAUCUUUACCAGGUCGUCACAUUGAUAUUUAUAUUUCCUUUCUCUGUGAUUUACAGUAUCUGUAGAUAUUAACCAGGGUUGCUGAACUUGAACAGCUGCUGAUUUGUGUCAUUUUAUGUAACAUCCUUCGUGGAUGAGGACACCGUUAAAUGCUAUAUGCACCUGAUCAUUGAUAUAUUUGAAGUCUAUUUAUUAAAAAUGUUUUUAAAUUAAACUUAUCUUUUACCCGCACAUAGUUUUUGCACGUCCUAUGACUAGAGAGUAACUUUUUGAGUUGGAUGUUUUCCUCUAUAUUUGUUGCUUUGUUGUUGUUUCUUUAUUUGGCUUAUUGCAGUUUAGAACUGAAAAUUCUGAAAAUAAAGAUGAAGAAGUUUUGUGUUGGCCACAUGGCUGCUCCAUUUUGAUUUCCAGACCACUCAUUGAUGUUGACAGUUAUUUAAACAAAAAAUUAUGCUCACAAAUAUUCUCCUGUUAAUAAUCUUGGAAAAUUAAAGUUUGCUUCGUUUUGCUCCCCGAA